AUGGAGAUAUCCUACAGUAAUUGCUUUGAGCUCUUUUUCGAUUAUCUGGGCUGGAUCCGUAAGACAUUCGGUCCUAGCUUCGAUUUUGCUACCUUUAAGCUGGAGAUCGAGGUGAGAGUGUUACAAAGCUUUGAUCUGUAUCUGACAAAGUGUAGGAGGAGGAACCAUGAAACCUGUUUGGAACAAGAUGAGGAGAAGGAUGUUACUUCUUUCAGAAUUCAAGAUCUGAUUAUCAGGAGAAUGCAAGAUCUUGAAUUUGCUUGCAGCGAAUACUUGAUUCACCCUCGUUCACCUGCUUCGUCUCAGAUCAUAAGUGAGCUCAUCAUAUUCCAGGAAGCAAUCGAGCUGUUUUUCGAAACAGAUAUCAACGAAUCGUGCAUCAACUAUCUGCUGGACUGUUACUGGCUGCGAGAUCCAGAGCUAGUUAUGGAUUUCAUUGAUUCGGUUUCAAAGUCUCUGGCGGAAAUGAUUGGCUCCUAUUUCGAACGCCUUGUAAAGAAGCUAAUGUUCUUGAAGAGUUUCAUUCUUUUCGCCAUGCUUCGCGGUGUCAAGGGUCAGCAACUGAUAGAUCUCUUGAUUCACGCAGAAGUGGUGUCUAUCAAGGCAUUACACCUGGCUUCUAUAUGGUGCCUUCACGUAGAUAAAGAAGUACAGAAUGAAACAGAACUUCAAAUUUCUCGACUAAUAGAUGAGAAGAUUAAUCCCGGUGAUCCCCAGGUCCGAGAAACUUACAUCCAUGUCAUGACUGCUGCAAAGUUAUCAAGAUCAGCAGACAUUUCAGCUCUGGAGAAGAACAAGCAUCUAGUAGCUGACUUUAUGUAUCGUCUCGUUCCCAAUUUUGUGGAGCUGCUGAACUCUCGUACCAAUAUUCUUGUUCCGAUUAUGAAUCAAAUGCUAAAGCUCCUUGACGGGCUAAGAUUCCUUACAAUCCUUCUCAGGCAUCAGGAGAAUUUCAAAGAGCUAUGUCAUGCACUGAAGAAUCUUAUUGGAGUUGUGGCCUGUGAUGCAGCGGUUGUAAUUUUCUCUCUUUCUGUGAAUCAAAUCAAAGAAGGCUUGGCCAAGGAAACCGAUCUUGCUCUUUUUCAUUUGCUUAAAGUGCUCAAGUUUAUUAGGGCAGAAGUUACUGAUCCAGUUACAUUACUAUUCUCGCCAUUUGGUUUUCCUAGGACCAAUGAGUUGGGCUCUAUGGAUUUUCUCCUUGAAAAUCUGAAGGAACUAGAAAAUUGUAGUGAGACUGAUUAUUCAAUUGCAUUCCCGAAAGAUCAAAUCCACACAGUCCUAGAAGAUCUCAUAGUCUUAAGAUCUUUCCUUGUCAAGAUAGCAGACCAGCGCAACCGGAAUGGAAAACUCCAAGCUCUUUGGAGUCGUGUUAUGGAGGUUGCGCACAGGGCAGAGUUUGUCAUUGACUCUAUCGUGGUUGGUGAUAAACAUGAAUAUUUGGAAAGAGUUGCUAGAGAUAUCCAGCUUUUGAGGACUGAGGCCCUUGAAACCUAUGAUAGCACGAUGCAUGACUGUGGAGCUCAGAGAACUACCCAGAAAUCUUUCCGCAUUGAGUCAAAAUGUCGCACCCCAAUGUUGAAUGAAGUUCUGGUGGGUCUUGAUGAUGAGGUAAAGGCAAUUAUUCAUGGUCUUACCAGGGGUUCAAAGCUGUUGGAUUUUGUUUCAAUUGUGGGUAUGGCUGGACUUGGUAAGACAACAUUGGCCAAUAGAGUUUGCAAUGAUGCAUUAAUUUUGAGCCACUUUCAUAUCCUUGCUCGGUGUACUGUUUCUCAAGUGUAUAGCAUGCACAGUUUGUUAGUUCAGCUUUUAUGUAGUAUUUCUUCUAGAAGUCCUGGUGAAUAUCUUGAGAUGGAUGAAAAUGAUUUGGCUCACAAGCUGUACAAACUUUUAAAGAGAAAUAGGUAUCUCAUUUUUCUGGAUGAUGUGUGGGAGAUUAAGGCAUGGAAUUUGAUGGAGAGAUCAUUGCCCGAUGAUGCUAACGGAAGUAGGAUUCUCUUCACCAGCAGAAUUCAAUUGCAAUUCAAACCUGAUACCAAGGCUCACCAUCUCCGCCACCUUACUGACGAAGAGAGUUGGAAAUUGCUGCAAAAAAAGUUAUUUGGCAAAGAAGGUUUUCCUCCGACACUAGGUAAAGUUGGAUCUCAAAUAGCAAACUUAUGUAGGGGUUUACCUCUCACAAUUGUCCUCAUUGCUGGAAUUCUUGCUAAUACUGCAGAAGAUUGUUGGGAAGAAGUUGCGAAGAGUCUAACUUCCAGUAUUGUCCUUGAUGACGAAUACUGCAUGAAGACGCUUGAGCUGAGUUACAGUCAUUUAUCGGAUGAUUUGAAGCCAUGCCUUCUUUACUUUGGUAAAUAUAAAGAAGAUGAAAAUGUUCCUGUCCGAAGGUUGUUAUGGCUCUGGAUCUCUGAAGGUUUCGUGCGAAAGACUGAAGAAAAGAGUUUAGAGGAUGUCGCAGAUGACUAUUUGAAGGAUCUGAUUGAUAGAAGUUUAGUUAUGAUUUCUGAACAAAGAACCAUAGGUGGUGCCAAAGCCUGCCAACUUCAUGAUUUGGUACAUGAGUUUUGUGUGAAAAAAGCCAAAGAAGAAAACUUUCUACAUGUUUUGCAUGGUCGGAAUGAUCGUUUUAUUCUUACUAGUCCAAGCAACCCCCUCCGAGUUUGUGAUCGAAGUGCCAGGAAUUUGAUGAUUUGGGAGUUAAUGCUAGAAUUUCCCAAUGUACGCAGUUUGUUAUUGUUUAAGGAGGAUGAUUUGGGGUUUUGGUUACCUAAACUUCUUAGAGUGUUGGAUUUGGGGGAAUUGGAGUUUGGUGCAUAUUUUCCGAUGGAAGUACUUUUGCUUGCUCAAUUGAGAUACUUGGCUGUUCGUGCUACAGAAACUAUCUGGAACAUUAAGACAUUGAGGCAUCUAUGGACUACAAGUUCCUAUGCUGGUUUCAUUUUUCCUGUUGAAAAUCUUGAAGUAUGCCCAGGCUUAUUUCAUUUAGACACUUUAAGCCUUGCCAUUGAUCCCUCCUCUCAAAACUUCCAAAAGAUACUGACAAAGUUGCCAAACAUCCGCAGGCUAAGAUGUCCGAAGACGGCAUCAAGAGAAAAAUGUACUCGGGAUGGGAUUCUCAUAUAUGGAUUUAAAUUCCCAUUGAAUUUGAAGAAGUUGACACUCCAAGUGACUACUCAGCCAUGGAGUGAAAUCUCAAAAAUUGGAAAGUUGCCCAAACUUGAAGUGCUUAAAUUACUCGAUGACUCCGUCGUUGGGGAAGAAUGGGAAAUGAAAGAAGGGGAGUUCCCUAGCCUCCGAGUCUUGAAAUUGAGAGGCUUGUGGGACUUUUGCAGCUGGACUGCAUCUUUUGAUAAUUUUGCCCGUCUUGAGAAAUUGGUUGUGCAUAGUUGUCGGAACUUGGAAGAGUUGCCUUCUUGUUUAGGGGAAUGUCCGACUCUUGAAAUGAUUGAGGUGAAACGAUGUCGCAAGUCGGUUGCAAAUUCAGUGAAGCAAUUCAACAAGAACAGAUAG